CGCUGUCUAAUUUUAAAAUUCUCAAACCCACUCCACGUGCUACAUAGGUUCACGUUUAAAGUUUGUUAAUUACCAUAUUGAAGUCAAAAUAUUUUAAUUUGCCUUUUUCCAAAGGAAUUCAUUAAAUAAAAAAGAAUAAUUUGUACUCGAAUCAAUAAAGAUGUCCGAAUCAGAUUCAGCAUGUGAAGAGCAGGAAGUUCAAUUGAACUCUGAAGCAGAAGGAAAUGAUUCAGAUAGCGGAGAUUCGGAUAUUGAUUUAGGAAUAUCGGAUUCGGAUGAGGAAGACAAUGAAGCUGAUUCUGAUGAUGAAAACAACAAUGAAGCUGAUUCUGAUGAUGAAAACAACAAUGAAGCUGAUUCUGAUGAUGAAAACAAUAAUGAAGCUGAUUCUGAUGAUGAAAACAACAAUGAAGCUGAUUCUGAUGAUGAAAACAACAAUGAAGCUGAUUCUGAUGAUGAAAACAACAAUGAAGCUGAUUCUGAUGAUGAAAACAAGAAUGACGAUGACGUGCAAAUGAAAAACACAGAAAAGAAAAAUGAAAUAAACGAUAGCGGAAAAAAAUCUGUUCAACCCAACAAAAAAGAGAAUGGAGUACAAAAUAAUUACAAUUUAGCAGCAGAAGGCAAGGCUAAUUUUUAUGAAGGGAAAAGACUAAUUAUGGAAAAAUUUGCAAAGUUGCAUGGAAAGCAAUUAUUUUUACGUUUUGGUAAAAACUUGCCCAAAACCCCAAAGGAAACAGAAGAGUAUGUUAAAAAGUUCAAUGAAAGAAUUAUUAGGGUAACAAGACCCAGACAAAAAAGUGUUAGAUAUUGUUUAGCGAUAUUUCAUAAUGAAAAGGAGAGAGCUAAGGCAAUGGAAGAAUUAAAAAAUGUGGAAAUUGAUGGUGUUAAAUUAAUAGUAAAAUUCCCAAAAACAGAUGAUAAAGAAUAUUUAGAAAAAAUAUCAAAUUACCAAGCAAGAAAACGAGCAAAAUUUAUGGAAAUAAGAAAGGCUAAAUUAUUAGCUAAGCAAAGUCAGAAAAAAUUAACAUCAACGAUAAUUGUUUCAAAUAUACCAUCAACAGCCACUGCAACUGACGUUAAAGCUUUGUUCCCUGACGCAGUUGAAUUAAGGUUUACGGUUGCAAAGGGAAUUGAAAAUACAUCUCAGGCUAUUGUAACGUUACCGUCUAGUGAAGAUGCAACCCAAGCUAAGCGAAAAAAACAUACAAUAGGGGAUAAUAAGCUGAAAAUAAUGUUUGCAAAUGAUUCAAAGAACAAUGAUUCAAAAAAUAAUGAUUUAAAGAGUAAUAAAAAAUCAAAUAAAAAUUUAAAUAAAAAGAAGCCAGAACAGAAACAAAAAAAAGUGGGGCCUGUUAUUACUAAUAAAAAUCAAAAAAAUUUACAGAAAAAUGAAAUUAAAGAAAAGAAAAAUAAAAAUGAAGAAAAAACUAAAAAUGAAGAAAAAACUAAAAAUGCAAAAAAAACUAAAAAUGAAGAAAAAACUAAAAAUGCAAAAAAAACUAAAAAUGAAGGAAAAACUAAAAAUGAAGAAAAACCUAAAAAUGAAAAAGUAAAUAAAAAUUUAGGGAAUUUAAAAAAAAAACAAGACAAGGAUAACAAAAAUCAAAUAAAAAACCAAAAUAAUGCUGUUGAAAACAAAAAUAAAGCAUCUAAAAACAAAAAUAAAGUGGUUGAAAACAAAAAGAAAACUUUGGGCAAUAAAAAUAAAGGAGUGGAUAACAAAAGUAAAACAAUACAAAAGAAGGGUAAAGUAAUGAAAAACAAAAAAGGUCCAGCAGCGGGACUAAAACAAAAUAAAAAGGCGAAAUCGAAUUAAAAACUAAUAUCAAAUUUUCAAAUAUUUUUUUUAAAUAGUAUUUGAAAUUUUAAACUAUUGUAAGUAGGUAGGUACCUACUUACCUAUUCACCCACUUAUAUUUCAAUUUCUAAAAAAAAAGGACAAUUAUUAGAUUGUAUUUUAAAAAUUUUUAUCUUUUUAGUAUAAUAAGAAAAGUAUUUAAAUGUAUGUACUUUAAAUACAAUAAUAAAAUGCAAAUCUAUUAUCUAGGUACAUAAACAUAAAAAACAUAAAAAAUAUGUUGCCAAUAUCUUAAUAAAUUGAUUUAAUAUACAAAAAAUAUAUAUACAUAGGUAUAUAGUUUUUACUUACGAAGAACUUUAUUUUAAAACUCGAAACUAUAGCUUUUUUCGUAACCACUAAAGCAGAAAUUAGCAUUGGACUUAUGAAAUAUGUACAUCAGCAAAAAUUUAAAUUUAAAAUUUCUUAGUUAUAUUUAAUGUACAUAUUUUGUUUAAUACAUUAUAAUAUUAAUAAUCACAUUUGAAAUAAUUGGGUAU